CAUUUUUUUCACUGCGCCGGUAUUGGACAAUUUCUAGGACAUUAUUAUCAUUUCCGUGAUAAGAUUUAAGAUUUAAUACUCGCAAGUGCGGUUUGCAACGAAUGAGCCACCAUGAAGUUUCUUCAAAUUUUAGUCUGGAUAGCGUCAGCCGCUUCGUUCACACCACCAGAUAACACUGGCCGCGAAUUUGUUUUAAUGUUUAUCGAAAAUCUGAAAUUAGGCGGUAAAGAUGUCCCUCUGGAGCUGUACUGCACUACACAAGAGGAGAAGCCAGUAAAUGUUCAUGUUUAUUCGCCUAAGUGGAAUUCUCCGAGAGUUGAAAAGAGAUUUACGUUGAAAGUCGGCCAAGUUCAUAAGACUUUAGUUGAUUCAGAGCUACAAAUGAUCGGCAGUUGUGUUUCCUCGAAAUCGAUUCUUAUCAAAGCAGAUGCAGAAAUUGCGUGUUACGGCGCUAACAAGCAAACAUUGUCAAACGAUGUAUUUCUUGCAUUACCAGUCGAUGCUCUUGGCACCGAUUAUUACGCAAUGGCAUAUAGCCCUGCACUCGUCAAAACACAACUCGGUAUAGUAAGUACGGUUGAUUCAACCAAUGUCAAAGUCACGUUACCGAUCGGUCAUGGAAAUGUAGAUGUGUCGUUCAAAGGGAUAACGUACCAUGCUGGAGAUAUUAUCAACAUACGUGUGCAAAAGUAUAAUACUGUUCAACUACAAAGCAGUGGUGAUCUCACUGGUGCUCAUAUACAGAGUAACAAUCCUGUAGCAGUAUUUAGCGGUAACGUGAAGACAAAUGUCGGCAAAGGUGAUUUCGAGGACCAUCUUGUAGAACAGCUAAUAUCGUCUGACAGAUGGGGUCAAAAUUUCGUUACUGCUCCUAUUCCAGGAAGAAUGGUCGGUGAUGUUUUUAAAGCGGUCGCUAGGGAAGACAAUACUGUAAUCAACGUUCCUAGAAAAACAUUAAUAAACUUAAAUAAAGGAGGUGUUACAACGUUUGAAUUACCGUCUGGCCAAUACAGCUAUAUUACAUCGACAAAGCCAAUCAUGAUCGCACAGUUCGUAAAGAGUCAACAAAACCAGUCAGUGGACGCCGAUCCAUCCAUGAUGAUGAUUACCCCGAACGAACAAUUUGGAUCUGAAUGCACUUUUGCCACACCUGAAUAUACACAUCCAGAAUACGGAAACGAUCAAUCAUUUCGGUACAAGAACGAAUUCAUGAUUGUCACUAAGAAAUCUGAUAUACAGGGACUCGUUUUAGAUGGUAGGCCUUUCCCAAACACCAACUGGACGGAUAUACAAGGUACAGAUUUGGUAGGGUCCUACGUAACGCUGUCCCACGGAGUACAUACUGUGCGACAUUCAUAUCCGUUUUCAACUUUUGGCGGCUACCUGUACGGUCAUGCCUACCACGAGUCUUAUGGUUUCCCUACAGGAAUGAGAACUGCAAUUUUAUACUAUAAUUGUACACCUACUACCAGUGUACCAGUUCAUGGUAUAGACUGUGGGGGAAAGAUAGAGCCAAGUAACAUUGGUCAAGUAACGAAUGUAACAAUAUCGCAAGCGACCAACACAGCAUCAACACAAGUAGCAACAGCAUCAGUAACUACAAAAAUAUCAACACAUGUAACAAUUCAACCGCUAACAACAGUUACUGCAACAACAACGAAAGCAGGUGCACCGAGUACAAUACUUGCUGCAUCAACCGGCCCUGCACCGAGUACAACACUUGUUGCAUCAACCGGCCCUGCGCCGAAUACAUUAUCACCAACUACAAAGUCAGCCGCUUCGAUUACUCCACCAGAUAACACUGGCCGCGAAUUUGUUUUAAUGUUUAUCGAAAAUCUGAAAUUAGGCGGUAAAGAUGUCCCUCUGGAGCUGUACUGCACUUCACAAGAGAAGAAGCCAGUAAAUGUUCAAGUUUAUUCGCCUAAGUGGACUUCUCCGAGAGUUGAAGAGACAUUUACGUUGAAAGUCGGCCAAGUUCAAAAGACUUUAGUUGAUUCAGAGCUACAAAUGACCGGCAGUUGUGUUUCCUCGAAAUCGAUUCUUAUUAAAGCAGAUGCAGAAAUUGCGUGUUACGGCGCUAACAAACAAACAUUGUCAAACGAUGUAUAUCUUGCAUUACCAGUCGAUGCUCUUGGCACCGAUUAUUACGCAAUGGCAUAUAGUCCUGCAUCCGUCAAAACACAACUCGGUAUAGUAAGUACGGUUGAUUCAACCGAUGUCAGAGUCACGUUACCGGUCGGUCAUGGAAAUGUAGAUGUGUUGUUCAAUGGGAUAACGUACCAUGCUGGAGAUGUUAUCAACAUUAUCGUGCAGAAGUAUGAUACUGUUCAACUACAAAGCAGUGGUGAUCUCACUGGUGCUCAUAUAGAGACUAACAAUCCUGUAGCAGUAUUUAGCGGUAACGUGAAGACAAAUGUCGGCAAAGGUGUUUUCCAGGACCAUCUUGUAGAGCAGUUGAUAUCGUCUGACAGAUGGGGUCAAUAUUUCGUUACUGCUCCUGUACCAGGAAGAACGAUCGGUGAUAUUUUUAAAGCGGUCGCUAGGGAAGACAAUACUGUAAUCAACGUUCCUAGAAAAACACUUAUAAACUUAAAUAAAGGAGGUGUUACAACGUUUGAAUUACCGUCCGACCAAUACAGCUAUAUAACAUCGACAAAGCCUAUUAUGAUCGCACAGUUUGUAAAGAGUCAAAUAAACCAGUUAGAGCUUACCGAUCCAUCCAUGAUGAUGAUUACCCCGAACGAACAAUUUGGAUCUGAAUGCACUUUUGCCACACCUGAAUAUACACAUCCAGAAUACGGAAACGAUCAAUCAUUUCGGUACAAGAACGAAUUCAUGAUUGUCACUAAGAAAUCUGAUAUACAGGGACUCGUUUUAGAUGGUAAGCCUUUCCCAAACACCAACUGGAAGGAUAUACAAGGUACAGACUUGGUCGGGUCCCACGUAACGCUGUCCCAUGGAGUACAUACUGUGCGACAUCCGUUUUCAACUUUUGGAGGCUACCUGUACGGUCAUGCCUACCACGAGUCGUAUGGAUUCCCUACAGGAAUGAGAACUGCAAUCUUAUACUCUAAUUGUACACCUGCUACCAGAGUACCAGUUCAUGGUAUAGACUGUGGGGGAAAGAUAGAGCCAAGCAACAUUGGUCAAGUAACCAAUGUUACAACAUUGAAAGUGACCAACACAGCAUCAACACAAGUAACAAUAGCAUCAGUAAUUACAAAACUAUCAGCAAAAAUGACAACUCAACCGCCAACAACAGUUUCUGUAACAACAACGAAAGCAAGAGUACCGAGUACAACACUUGCUGCAUCAACCAGCCCUCCGCCGAAAACAUUACCACCAACUACAACUACAUGUGCAGUGUGUGCCGGUCCAAAGUUUCUCUGUGAAAAGCUGUAUGCCCCUACCCCAUGUCCUCCACCAAACAACUACUGCAUUAAUACUAUUAAAAACCACAAAGAUGGAACUAAAGCAGUCGACAGAGCGUGUGGUAGUUUUGACACUUGUUACCGUGAAUGGUUUCUAGGGUCCUCGGACAACGACAAAUGUCGAAAACUGAGCGAUAAUGACGAACAGCGACUCGACUUCCAGUGCACAUUUUGCUGUAUUAAAGACAACUGUAACAACCCACUGCAUCCAUCAGACGACACCUUGUACAAACCCGUGUAAUCACGACACUGUACAGUCAGUAUUUGUAUAAUUGUAUUUGAAUUAUUAUGUUGAAAACCAUUCGCUAUUAAAGAAAUUUUCAGUGG